AUGAAGCUGUUCAACAACUUCGUUUUUCCGGCCGUGGCGUUCGUCCUCUUGGGCAUCGUCCGACUGCUGGUAACUCUGAUCCUCCUCCUGGCGGUCGGAGCUACCUCUGUCGUUCGUCCCCUUGGGGUCGACCCCGCGUUCCUGGUCCGCUCUUCGGCAACGAAGAGCGAUGAAAACAACAACAAGGAGACACUGUCAGGUGUCAAAAUGGCGACCACGACAAGCACCCCCAACCCCGGUCCUGAUGAAAUGCCACACCUAGCUCAGCCAGUCAACACCCGGUCGAUGGAUGAACGUGAGCUCAUGAUGGAAAACCGCGAACGCAAUGUCUAUCUGGCUCAAAAGGAUCUCGAAGAGGACCAGGCCAAGUUCGCGGCGGACCUGAAUGAGCUGGCAUCCUAUCGCCGGGCCAAUGCUAGUUACGUGGAUUUCUGCUUUAAUCUCAAGAAGCGUCGCGCUGAUUUGCUCCGACCUUACCGCCAGGCGGAGUGGGACUUGCAGGCCAAGAUGCAGUCCCGCAUCGACAAACUUGAGAUGGACUUGAGGGUGGCUCGCAACCGGAACUCCGACUACGACCGUCGAUUGACUGAGAAUCGGAGGACUGUUGCCAAGGAGGUUGCCAUGAAGGUUGAGAAGGAAUUGGUUCGCCGAGAGGAUGAGCUAGUUCACCAGGUCAGAAUGGAACUCGACGCUGCUCGCCACAGUGCCAAGACAUUCGAGGACCAGCUAGCCGAGGCCAUCUCCACCAAUUCCGACCUCAGCGCAAAGCUCACUGAAGCGACAAAGGAAUACGCGGAGCUCAAGGAUGAGUUCGACAGUUACCGGCAGAGCCUGGACGAGGCCGCCGGACGCCUACAGUGGGGCAUGCGUCCUGACGCAGAUAAUGACCUCACCAUCUGUGGCACCGAGGACGACCCUCGAGCUUCGCACGUCGCCGCGCUGAGAGAGAUUGACCGUCUGCGUGGGGUUCAGCUGGCAUUGUCCAAACACCAUUCCGACACGUACAGAAUCAAGAACGGUAUGAUUCACAAGUACGGCUUGGAGAAGCGUAAGCUCGAGUGCAAGGUCAACUUGCUCGAGCGGGACCUGUCAGCGUUGAACACCCAGAUCGCCAAUCUCACCAACCUCCCCCUGACAGAGAAGAAGGACGCCGCCGUCCAGACCGAGUUCUCGACCAUCCAGACCGACGCCGUCACCCAAAAUGACGCUCUCGCUCUGACCGACAACAUCGCUCAAUCUGGGGCACCUGCCCAGACCGAAGCAUCGGUCCAGACCGAUCAAGUCCUCACGUAUACGGUCCAGGAAGUCCAAGCUUACUGGGACGAACGUGUAGAACUGGAGAAAGCCAACGACCUGGCAAAUGGUCGAGUCGAAAUUCUGGAGAAGGAGUGCAAUGAAAAGCUCGCGGAGCUUGACCUCGUUCAACAGAGGUACGUGAACGCCUUGGACCACAUCCAUCGCGUUCAUAUGCCCGCUGAUGCGCUCCGAGAUACGGUGGAUUCCGCGAACCAGGCAUAUGAGAAGGUCAUGAAGGCCUACCAAGAUCCUAACAUGAACAUGCAGCUCGUCACGCUGCUCGCCGAAGGUGGCGACCUUCAGGAAUCCUUGGAAAGCCUUCAACUUUCCGCCGAUAUUGUCGUGGAUGGGUUAAAGAAGACCGAUGAUGGGAUGGAUUUCGUCGAGGAAGCCCGCUCAAUUCGUCAGCAGUUGCAGGCCAGGAAGGAAAAGUCCUCUACCGAGGGCUCUGGGAGCACAACUUGA